AUGUCGCGCGGGCCCGUCCCCUCGCAGCUGUGCCUCCUCUCCGCGCUCCCCGACCGGUCAGUCGGCGACAAGGUGCGCUUCCUCGGAUGUGUCACCGCAUAUUCCACGGCGUCGGCGUCGCUCACGCUGGGCCAUCUGUGCCCCGAGGGCACCAACGUCGCGGCGUGCGUGGACGUCCGGCUCGUCCUCGGGGCGCUCCAAUCCGAGAUGACACGUGUGGGGGAGUGGUUGAACGUCAUCGGGUACGUGACGGCGAGGCGCGGGACGCCGGAGCCGGGACUGGACGCUGCGGUUGAGGUGCCCGAGGCGGCGCAUGUCCAGGCGCUCGCCGUGUGGCCGACGGGGCCGCUGGAUGUUCAGCGCUAUGAGCAAACGUUUGGCGAGAAAUCGACUCGUAUCGCAGCGGACUGA